GAGGUUAAUCUUAGCACAGGGGAUGGAAGUUCUUUCUACAUUUUCAUUUUGAAACAUAGCACGUUCAGAUAAGGCUGUUACAAUGUGAUCGACUAUUGUUUGUGUUAUCUAAUAUUUGAACUAGCUUAAAACAGUUAGCUUUAUUGUAGAGAGUGAAAUAAGCGAUUAAAUUCUAGUUAAAUACAACCCGACGCCCCUUUUCCUUUGAACUGAACCAGUUAGGUCAGAGUCAGACUUUUGUUGUUGAUUGACGUCAUCAGUAUCAACGACAUGGAUCCGUCACCUUCUGAUAACUGUGAAAAAAUAAAUGGAAUGGAGAAUCGUCAUAAAAUAUCAAAUCCAAAGUUAGCUGACCUGGAAGGAUCAGCCAGCAUGACGCUUUCGGGGGAAGAAGAAAGCUUGAUCACAGAGGCGACUCAAAACUUGGUAGAGUUCGCUAUGACGAAAGGACACACUAUACACAGCGUGACGCAUAUGAGUCGAACUCAACUUGCAGACUUCCUACGAGAUUUUUACGGAAAAGUUAAAGUAAAAAAUGACGAUUCUCUCACCUUGAAGGAGUUACGAGCGGGCUUGCAUAAAUUUUUCUUAGACGAAGUUAGCAUCGACAUUCUGCGGGACCGUGCUUUUGAGCUGGCGAACGCAACUUUUGAUUUAGCUUUGCGAACCAACCCACGCAAGUGCUAUAGGCGGAUCGAGAUGGACGAUUUAAAGAAAAUUUAUCUGGGCGACGCCAUGGACACCAGCAAGCCCGAUUCCCUCCAAAAUAAGGUAUUUUUCGACAUAAGCUUGUACAUAUGUAACAAAGGAAAGGAUUAUUUUCGAAACAUGAAAAAGAAUGAUUUCGAUGUAUCAACGGAUAUUCAUGGUCGUCGCUAUGUUUGGCUGAAGGACCCAUCUAUUCCCCGAGAGGAGGAGUUGCCUCCUAAAUUAAAACUGAAACGAGGGGAGGAUGAGCAUCCUGCUUAUCAAGUAGGAGAAAGAAUGUACGAAAGACCAGGAGAUCCUCGAUGUCCUUUGUCUUCUUUCUUAAAAUAUGUAACACAUCUCCACCCAAUGACUGAUGCCUUCUGGCAGAGACCUAAGAGAAAUGUAUCUCAGUCGGAUUAUGUCUGGUAUGACCAUGCUCCUCUUGGCAGUAGUACACUAACAAAGCUAAUGCAGAGGAUAUCUCUUCAAGCUGGUCUUAGUGACAACUAUACAAACUACUCGAUUCGUUCCGCCUGUAUUCCACUAGUGGAAUCUAUUUGCGAAGAAGCGUUGCAGGCAGAGAGUGGAGGAGUUUUACCACAGAAGGUGGCUCCAUCUUUGGACAUAAUCAAACCUAUAGGUCCUACCAUGUCGCACUCUAACUCAGAGGACCUCUCUAGUGAUGAUGGAUUGUCUCAAACCUCAGAUGUCCAGUUGAACCAUAAGGAACAUGAGGUCAGAGAUAGACCUCCAGGACUGUCCAGUUCAGGGGGCUCUGGGAGUGUUGAUACAGAGGAUGGUGAUCUGUUAGGUCUGAUGCAAGCUAAAACCCAAGUGUUGGAUCUGAUUCGUAGUUUAAUGGUCAAAGAUAUUCAGAAGUUUGUUGACUGGCUUAAGACUGUACGAGUCCAGUAUAGUGCUGGAGAACUGAUUGUCCUUUGCAGUCCUGUUGAUAAAAGUAAUGUGGAACCAAUUCCUGAUGAUAUCAUGAUUGACAGAAAUGGAGUUGCAUCUCGCACCAGUACACCAGAUCCUGUUUUCAAGAAAUCAAGUAGUGUUGACAUAUCAGAAAAGAGACAACGGCUUAAAAAAGAAGCAUCACUGAAGGGAGAAAAUCAUGUUAAGAAUGAACAGCUAGAUGGAUGGAAUAAGCAUGACAUAUCAGAGAUGGGUGGCAGCAGAAACAAGAAUGAUCUGCUUGGGAUGACUGGCACUACUAUCAAGCAGGUAGAGUUCAGCCAUGUUGCUGGAGUUUACUGCUCUUCUGAAGAAUUUGGUCCCAUGAAGAUCAGCAUCCCCGCUCAUGACACCAUGCUGGUGACUGGGAUCCCAGAAAACCUGCAGUUCAUGCUGCACAAAAAGAGGGGGCCCAUCAGCAACAGGGAGCCGCUGCCUGAAAGGGUGUUUUGCUCUGAGAAUGAGAUGGAUGUGGCAGAGGUUGUCGCCACCUUGGAUGCCAACAACAAGAAACCAAAGCAGCAGAGUAACAUCAACUGCAGCAGCUCCGUGAACACCAACUGCCACAACAGCUACCACAACUCAUCCGAGUCUCAGAGUAAGCACCAGCUGACUGUGCUGCAGCACCAGCCCCACCCUGUCAUGGUGACGAUCCCAGCAGCUCACACCCCUGUGGUCUCCACCCUGAAUGCUAGGGAGCACUUUAAAGACCACAGGAACAAGUCCUUAGGUUGCCUGGAUACACCACCCGCCAUAUCUGAAGGUGUGAUGCUCAAAAGAGUGUCCAGUACCGGAACACCAGUGCUGAAGAGGCAAGCCCAUGUCCUCGACACAGGGAUGUACCCAGAAAAUCUCACGCUCAAGCGGAUGCAUGAUGAUAACCAAGCCACCAACCUUUCGAUGAAGCCACUGAAGAAAGUAGAAUCACCCGAAGCCAAGCGCGCAAGAGCAGACCGCCUAGCAGAUUCCCUGCGCUAUCACCAAGAAAUUCUUCAAAAUUCACCCCUGAUUAAACGGCCAGGAGAGAGAAAUUUUUCAGGCUUUCGGCACUGCUAUGCCAACACGGUCAGUAAUGCGGUGAAAGCGGAGCCUCUAGAUACAUCCUAUAGUUGAUGCCAGUGAACCUACAUUGAUGUGGGUAAAGAAAAUUUUUAAGCAGUACCCUUGCUGCUUUGGUUCCAAGCAUGGGGCCUACUUUUGGCCCUGGCAGCUGUUCUGUCUGAGGCAUUUUGUUUUCAUUACGCCAUUGUCUUUGAACUCCCUGUUGAUGUUGGUCAUUUUGGUGAUUUGUUUUUUAAAGCAAGAUUGGCAAUGACCAACUUUUUAAAGAGUAAGGUUAAUGGUUAAGCUGUUUUGGAUGUUUAUUUUUUACCAUAAUACACUUUUUAAAAUAAUAAAACACCAUAUGAUGUUUGUCAUUACCUGGGAUGUGGACUUUUUAAAGAGAAGGUUUUGUUUUGUGAUAUCACUGACAUGGCAGUUAAUGAACUUUCUCACUCAUGAGUUGUACACUGGUUUGUUGAGCACAAACAGACUAACUUUGUGAAUACUACCAUAUAUGCUUGUUGAUGUUAAAUACUGUAGCAGAGGCUUUUUUAAAAAAAAAAAAAUUAUUACAAAUAUAGGUAUUUGUAUUAUUUCAAGCAUGUAAAUAUCUUUUGUUGAAGUACUCCAUUUGUGAUAGUUGCUACAAAGACUUGAAGCUAACAUCAAGUUGAUAGCUUGUACAUUUUGAAUGUAAUCCUUUUGUUUAUAAAAAUAAUAAUUUUGUUACCAACACAUUUUAUUUUUUGCUGUAUACAAAUUAAAAACAAGGCUUUAUAUAUAUAUAUAUUGAAACUAGGCUUUUUGUUAAAAAAAUUAGUUGUACCAUUCAAAUGUAAACAAAUUUACAGAGAAAAACAAAAUAUAUAUAUCUAUACAAGAAUAUAACAAAUUGCAUAGUAAACAAUUACUACUUAUUGAAAUCCUUUCUUUAUACUUUGUUUAGGGUAAGAAAAUGUUUUCUGAUUUUGUUUUACUGUGCUUUGUGGUUAUCAGGUGUUUAUUGAACUACAUUCCAUUAGCUUUAGAUUAAAUGUUUUAAAGAAUAUGUAACUCACAUUAUAUAUCUAGACUAGAGUAGUUUAUUUGUUAAUUUCUAUUUGAAAUCCACCCAGUUGGUAAUAAUCUGUAACCUAGAAAAAAAUAAGUGUGGUUGCUUUUUUUUUCUUUUAAGUUGUAAUUGUAAAAAUUAUUUAGUGAAUAUUUUUUUUAAUGUUGGAAAAUAUGGCUAAUACAGAUUGAUCUUGGCUUAAAUUGUACAAGUCCUUUGUAAAUCAGACCUGAAGAGGAUAUACCAGUGUUCUGAUUUUGCUCUCAAAUGUUUAUAUUAUGUUUCACAACAUAUGUAUGCUUUAUCCCAAAAUGUUAAAAAUGUUGAAAAAUGUGGGGUUUCAACACUAUUGUAUAUAUUACAGUAUUUCAUACAAUUUGUAUACUCAUGAUUAAAUUGAUUACCCGGUGAAAGCUGACAUGGUCAGCCAUGAUUAGGUUAUGAUUUUUUUAAAUUUUAGUAAACCAAGUUUCUUACAUUUUGCUGUUCAGUUGUAUUUUAUAUAUAUAUACAUGUUCUGUAUACCCAUUUUUAGAUGCUUUAAAAAAAUUAUUGUAUAAAGGGAGGUAAUUACAUUAUGUCUAACUAAAAUUGGGUUUAAAAAACAAAUUGUUACUGUAAAAAAUGUGUACUUAUUAGACAAAAUCUUUGCGUUGUAGGCUUUUAAUUUAAACUUAAACAUUAAAUAACAUUUAGGUAUUGUUCAAAAGUUUGGCUUUAACUUUCUGAAUAUAUAUAUUUUGUAGUUGAGAAUUGAGGUCACUGUUUAAUAUAAAUUUAAAAUAAUAGCACAAGGUAUUAACUGCACAAGUUCAAAUCUGUAUGUUUUCAAAGAACUCCAUGGUUGUUUUUUUUCUCUUUAUAUCUUGAUUUAAUUUUUGUUCAAUUGUACAAAGUGCAAUAUUGUCUGUGAUGCUUUAAUAUUUUUUUGUUUUUAUGCUUGUGGAUAAUCAAGUUUGUUUUUAAGGGGAAAAAACAAUUAUCACCUCAGUUCUGUGGUCAAUCAUCAUUGAUUCUGUUUCCCCACUUUUUUUUGUAUAUUGGUUAGCUUCAACCAUUUAUAUUACAUUUUAUUUUGUUAAUUGUAACCUUAUAUUUGUAAACAAGGUUAGGAUAUAUAAUUUAUAAGGUUAUACAAGUUCUAUUACUUUGGUUAAAAAAAUAUAUUUGUACAUUUUAAAGGCUUAUUUGGGUUAGUUUUUUUUAUAUUUAAAAAAAAAAAAAUGCUUCAGGUUUGGUCACCAGAAUAAAAUGGUUGGAAGUGUUCAAUCCCAUUUUUUUUCUUCAGUUUACAAAUUGUGAUUUUUAUGCCAAAUUUGAUACAUAUUUGAAGUAAUCUUGUUUAUUCAUUAUUGGAGUACUUAUAAAACAAACUACAGGAAACGUAUUUUUAAAACUAUCACAACACUCUUUUUAUUUACAACGUUCUUUUAGUUAAUUUUAAAGUUGGAUUCUUUUUAUUAAUUGUAGUAGAAAAUAUUACUUGCAAAGUAUAAGAACAAUAACAAAAGUCUAUAUGCGUUUUAAAAUAAUUUUUUAAAUAACAUUUUGUGACCAUCUUGGUUGUUAUAGUUGACUAAUUUACUAACAGUUUUACAGUCAAUCUACAUUUCAUGUACUUUUUGUAAGCACAUAUCUUUAAUGUUAGUACUUUUGUUUUGUGGAGCCAUUUUAAAGGCUCUUUUUUUUUUUCAUUUUAGCAAUUUUUGAGUUAUCUCCCUGAUAUUUGUGGACUGGAACCAAUAUGGAAGUAGAACUGAUACACAAUUUUCUGAAAUUUGAAGUAAAGGACUUCAUUUACAAAUUAAAGUUUCUUCUUCAAUUUAAUUAUUAGCAUUGGUUCAUUUUUUAAAUAGCUUUUUUCAUUUUCGAACUUCUUGAAGAAAACUUACUCUAAAAGUGAUUGCAUUACUCUUUACUGUAAUUGUUUACUCAAAAUUUGUAGAACUGUUUGGAGUUUAUGGUUGUAGAAUAGUAAUUUUAAAUAUCUCUUACAAUUCUAGAGCUUGUAUUGAACACAAAUUUAAAAACUAACUAGUACUGUAAUUCAUAUCAAAAUUUCUUUUAAAAUCUCCCUUCUAUUAUAUGUAUCAUUAAGAUAUUCUAUUGUCGUAAUAAUCACUUAAUAAAAAUAUU